CGCGCGCCGCCGAGCAUGGAGUGGAGUUACCUGUUGGAAAUCACCUCGCUGCUCGCCGCCCUGUCCCUGCUGCAGCGCGCCGGCUGCGCCGCCGCCUCGGCCGCAGCCGCCGCGUCCUCGUCCUCCUCCUCGGCGAAGGAGCUGUCGUGCCAGGAGAUCACCGUGCCCCUCUGCAAGGGCAUCGGCUACAACUACACCUACAUGCCCAACCAGUUCAACCACGACACGCAGGACGAGGCCGGGCUGGAGGUGCACCAGUUCUGGCCGCUGGUGGAGAUCCAGUGCUCCAGCGACCUGCGCUUCUUCCUCUGCAGCAUGUACACCCCCAUCUGCCUGGAGGACUACAAGAAGCCGCUGCCGCCCUGCCGCAGCGUCUGCGAGCGGGCCAAGGCCGGCUGCGCCCCGCUCAUGCGCCAGUACGGCUUCGCCUGGCCCGACAGGAUGCGCUGCGACCGCCUCCCCGAGCAGGGCAGCCCGGACACGCUCUGUAUGGACUACAACCGCACGGACCUCACCACGGCCGCGCCGCCGCCCGCCAAGCCCCCGCUCCGCGGCUCCAAGCCCGGCACCGCCGCUAAGGCGCCCCCCGCCGCCCCGCCGGCCGAGGCUCCGCGCAAGCCGCGGCCGCCGCCGCCCUGCGAGCCGGGCUGCCAGUGCCGGGCGCCCAUGGUGUCGGUGUCCAGCGAGCGGCACCCGCUCUACAACCGCGUCAAGACGGGGCAGAUCGCCAACUGCGCCCUGCCCUGCCACAACCCCUACUUCAGCCCCGACGAGCGCGCCUUCACCGCCUUCUGGAUCGGACUCUGGUCCGUGCUCUGCUUCCUCUCCACCUUCGCCACCGUCUCCACCUUCCUCAUCGACAUGGAGCGCUUCAAGUACCCCGAGCGCCCCAUCAUCUUCCUGGCCGCCUGCUACCUCUUCGUGUCCCUGGGCUACCUGGUGCGGCUGGUGGCGGGCCACGAGAAGGUGGCGUGCAGCGGCGGCGCGGGCGCGGGCGGCGCGGGGGCCGGGGCGGCGGGGGCCGGCGGCGGCGCGGCGGCGGGGGCGGCGGCGGCGGGGGGGCGCGGCGCGGCGGGCGGCGCGGCCGAGCUGCAGCCGGAGCUGGCGGUGGCCGAGCACGUGCGGUACGAGAGCACCGGCCCGGCGCUGUGCACCGUGGUCUUCCUGCUCGUCUACUUCUUCGGUAUGGCCAGCUCCAUCUGGUGGGUCAUUCUCUCCCUCACCUGGUUCCUGGCGGCGGGCAUGAAGUGGGGCAACGAGGCCAUCGCCGGCUACGCGCAGUAUUUCCACCUGGCCGCCUGGCUGCUCCCCAGCGUCAAGUCCAUCGCUGUGCUGGCGCUCAGUUCCGUGGACGGGGACCCCGUGGCCGGCAUCUGCUACGUGGGCAACCAGAGCCUGGAGAACCUACGGGGCUUCGUGCUGGCGCCUCUGCUCAUCUACUUGGCCAUCGGCUCCAUGUUCCUGCUCGCCGGCUUCGUCUCGCUCUUCCGUAUCCGCAGCGUCAUCAAGCAGCAGGGUGGCCCCACCAAGACCCACAAGCUGGAGAAGCUGAUGAUCCGCCUGGGCCUCUUCACCGUGCUCUACACCGUGCCGGCCGCCAGCGUGGUGGCCUGCCUGUUCUACGAGCAGCACAACCGGCCCCGCUGGGAGGCCACGCACAACUGCCCCUGCCUGCGGGACCAGCAGCCCGACCAGGCCCGCCGCCCCGACUACGCCGUCUUCAUGCUCAAGUACUUCAUGUGCCUGGUGGUGGGCAUCACCUCGGGUGUCUGGGUCUGGUCCGGCAAGACCCUGGAGUCCUGGAGGGCCCUGUGCACCCGCUGCUGCUGGGCCAGCAAAGGCGCUGCCGUGGCCGGGAGCGCGGGGCCGGGGGCAGGGGGACAGGCGGUGAUCACCGCGGCAGGAGGGCUCGGGGCCGGAGGUGGCGGCUCGCUCUACAGCGAUGUCAGCACCGGCCUGACUUGGAGAUCAGGCACCGCCAGCUCUGUCUCCUAUCCCAAGCAGAUGCCCCUGUCUCAAGUGUGAGGAGGGGGAAAGAGGCCAAAGGUUAGGGAAUGAGGGACACUGGCCUGCCUAAAAUGCCUCCUCACUGUUUGGUGCCAUUAAUGAACCCCUAAUGGUCCUUAUUAGCCACAGCUUGUAUAGAACAAUGCAGCUGGCAGAGGCCCCAGGCUCCAGCCCCCUCCUCCUUCCCCUCCAUUCAUAUGCAGGGAGCAUGUACUUCAAGGAGCCAGCUUAUUAUUUUGCUGGCAGAGGAGGGUAGAGGCUCACCCGUGUCUUGCAGAGGGCAAGGCACAGCAGCUUCUGAAUCACUCUGGACUAACAGCAGCUCUUUACUCUUUAUGGGAGAGAGGGUCUUCCUCCCCCCGUCCUGAGGUGGGAGUCUGCUGGGGACUGCAGGUUUUUGGGAUGUGGAUGACCAGGCAAAUGCCUUACAAUAUUGACUGAAUCAAAAAAUGUCUUAAUUAUACACCCCAGCUAAAUACGGGUUUCCUACAUUAAAGGAUGUAUUUAUAUAAUUAUUUGUUACCUUGUACAGAUGUGUAAAAUAUGUAUAUAUCCAAAGCUAUACAGUCUGUAAAUUUUUUUGUAAAAAUUUAGAGGCUACCCCUGUAAGAGCAAAUAUGAGUAUUCUAUUUUGUCAAUAAAAUGACUUUUGAUAAA